UUUGCUAGCGCUCUUUUCUUGCUUUUGAUCAAUUUGGUAGUUUCGGAAGAAAUGAUCACGCAAACAACGCAGUACAAACUUUCCUUAGAGGACAUUUGUCCUGAUAUACAAAUUGUGAUCCUUCCUCAUCCAGAUCCGACCCUUUGCCAAAUGUUUGUUGUGUGCUUUUACGGUCAACCUAUGAUCAAUGAAUGUGUGGAAGGAUUCGUAUUUGAACCAAGUUUACUCUCCUGCAUCCCGGGUGAUCGAGAACAGUGUGUGAAUAAUACGGAACCAGGCUGGAAGGAGCUCUGUGCGGAUGGCUCGCACGGCUUUUUUGCAGAUCCGAAUAUCUGCUGGGAGUUUGUGUUCUGUUCACACGGCAUGGUAAACCGCUUUACGUGCCCAGUAGGUGAGAUUUGGUCACAGAGAGAUGAAACUUGCUUACCUGGUAAUCGGACGUCCUGUGAGCUGCCGGAAAUCAACAAAACCUGUCAAGGUCAUUCCGAAGGAUUGUUUCCUCAUCCCAGCAAUUGUUCCAGAUAUCUAGAAUGUUCGCACAGUUCAACCACGGUCGUCGAUUGCUCGCAGGGAGAAGUUUACCAUAACUUGCUCGGUAGAUGUGUAGUGGGAAAUACGGAAACCUGCAAAACACACGAAAGCAUAUGCAGUAAUCAAUCCGAUGAUGAAAUAGUUAAACAUCCGAACAAAUGUAAUUUGUUCGUAAAGUGUGAAAAAAGUAUUCCAUUGAUAACGGCAUGCCCAGCUGGUGAGAUCUUUAACGACUACGUUCAAAGCUGUGCUCCUGGGGAUGCAGAUUCCUGUAAGUUUCUGCCUAUGGAGGCAGUAUGCGAGGGGAAGGAGAAUGGUACAAUAAUUCCCUAUCCAGACAGCUGCAAUCGGUUCGUUCGAUGUAAUCGCGGUGUACCAAUUACAUGGAACUGCAUUGAGGGUAAGAUUAUGUACGGUCUGAGCGGUACUUGUCGACCAGGAAACUAUCAAACCUGCGAGUUCAUCGUAGACGCUUGUUACGACAAACCCAAUGGAUGGGUGAUCGAACAUCCGAACUUCUGUCAGGUCUUCAUCCGUUGUGCAGCGCAAAUCGUGACCAUCGUUGAGUGCCCUCUUGGAGAGAUCCUGCGUCCAGACGUGCAGGCAUGUGUGCCAGGAAUGCCAUACGCAUGCACUUACGAUCCUGUUGAACGAAUGUGCGUCGGACGUCCGGAUGGUCAAGUUUAUCCACAUCCAACCAACUGCCAAUCGUUCAUUCGUUGUCAAAAUUCACGACCAAUUGUGGAGAACUGUGAUCCAGGAACUAUUUUUCGUGCACCAACGCAAAGAUGUGUAGCAGGCAAUUCCAAUACUUGUUCUUCGACGAUACGGGCGUUGGACACGCUGAUGGAAUUUUGAA